UCCACCCUGACAUCCCACAAGUAAUGAAUCUGUGAGAGGACGAGCACAGAAGCGCACUUCAAAAUGGCAGACAAGGAUAGUGUGGAAAAGUACUUGGAGAAUAACCCCCAGUUCGCCAAAGAGUAUUUUGAGAAGAAAAUCCGAUGCGAGGCCAUCGCCGCCGCUUUUUCCGAGAACCUUGACAUCAAAGAUCCGUCCUCGUUCAAGGAUGUCAGCCAAAUCCAGGAGGCCAACAUUAUCUUCGACAUGGUCAAAGACAUGCAUUCGCAGCCCGUUAUGGAAAAGGCCAUGCACAAGGUCCUGCAGAGGAUAUGUAUGCUGGUGAACGCCGACCGCUGCAGCUAUUUCAUAAACCGAGCGAGAAAUGGCAUCCCUGAGCUCGCUACGUGUCUUUUCGACAUCACCCCUACCUCGAAAUACGAGGCCAACCUGGUCAACCCUCAGUCUGAAAUUGUGUUCCCUACUGACAUUGGCAUAGUUGGCCAAGUAGCAACCACGAAAAAAUCAGCUAAUGUUCCCGAUGUCAAACAGAACCCCAGAUUCAGUGACUUUGUGGACAAGCAGACAGGAUACACCACUAAAAACAUGAUGAUUGCGCCUCUCAUGAACGGGAAAGACGUGCUUGGUGUGGUUACGGCAUUAAAUAAAGUUGGAGCAAAUGAAUUCUCUAAAGCAGACGAAGACCUCUUCACCAAGUACAUCAUUUUCGCCACAGUCAUCGCCCUACAGCACUACACUGCAUACAUGUAUAAUGUGGAAUCUAGAAGAAGCCAGGUUCUUCUGUGGUCUGCCAGCAAAGUCUUUGAAGAGUUGACAGACAUCGAGCGACAGUUUCACAAGGCCCUGUACACCGUCAGGACCUAUCUCCUGUGUGAGAGGUACUCUGUCGGCCUCCUGGACAUGACCAAAGAAAAGGAAUUCUAUGAUGAGUGGCCGAUUAAACUGGGAGACGUGGAGCCAUACAAAGGGCCGAAGACGCCUGACGGCAGGGAAGUCAUCUUUUACAAGAUCAUUGAUUAUCUACUAGAAGGCAAAGAAGAGAUCAAAGUCAUACCGGGCCCUCCUGUUGACCACUGGGCACUUGUUAGCGGCCUCCCCACCUAUGUGGCUGAGAACGGCUUUAUUUGCAACAUGAUGAAUGUUGCUGCUGACGAUUACUUCACCUUCCAGAAAGAAGCUGUGGACGAAACGGGCUUCGUCAUCAAAAACGUCUUGUCCCUUCCCAUUGUCAACAAGAAAGAAGAAAUUGUGGGUAUUGCCACUUUCUUCAACCGAAAAGAUGGCAAGCCAUUCGACGAGCAGGAUGAACAAAUUACUGAAGCCCUGACACAGUUCUUAGGAUGGUCUGUACUGAAUUGUGACACAUAUGACAGACUGAACCGGAUGGAGUGGAAAAAAGAUAUUGCACAGGAAAUGGUCAUGUACCAGACCAAAGCCACUCCAGUUGAAGUCCAACAGAUUCUGAACACGAAGGAGAAGUUUGACCAAGAACCUGAGGACUGCGAUCAGAAAGAAAUGUACAAACUCUUGAGAUCCACCAUUCCAGAGGCCAAAGAUGUUGAUCUCCUAUUAUUUAGUUUUAGUGACUUUCCUCUCUCUGAGGUUGACCUCAUCAAGUGUGGCAUUCGUUGUUUUUUUGAACUUGGAGUGGUGGAGAAGUUCAAAGUGCCAGCAGAGGUCCUAACCAGAUGGAUGUACACCGUACGAAAGGGCUACAGAGAUAUCACCUACCACAACUGGAGGCAUGGCUUUAAUGUGGGCCAGACCAUGUUCUGUCUCCUGCAAACCGGCAAGCUGAGAAGAUACUACACAGACCUUGAUGCCUUUGCGAUGGUAGCGGCUGCAUUCUGUCACGAUAUUGACCACAGGGGUACCAACAAUCUCUACCAGACAAAGAGCGGAUCACCUCUGGCCAAGCUUCACGGCUCCUCCAUCUUAGAAAGGCACCAUCUUGAAUACAGCAAGACGCUGAUGGCAGAAGAGAAUGUUAAUAUUUUCCAAAGUCUGCAGAAACGCCAGUUCGAGACAGUCCAGCACUUGCACGAUGUCUGCAUCAUUGCGACUGACUUGGCCUUGUAUUUCAAAAAAAGAACAAUGUUCCAGAAGAUUGUUGAUGCCACCGAACCAAUGACUGAUGAGAAGGAAGCGGUCGCCUAUGUGGCCAACAACCCCAUUAGGAAGGAAAUCAUUAUGGCAAUGAUGAUGACCGGUUGUGACUUGUCUGCCAUUACCAAGCCAUGGGAGGUCCAAAGCAAAGUGGCUCUCAUGGUGGCAGCUGAAUUCUGGGAGCAGGGAGAUCUGGAAAGAACUGUGCUAGAUCAACAACCCAUUCCCAUGAUGGACAGGAACAAGUCAGAUGAACUUCCGAAGAUGCAGUGUGGUUUCAUUGACUUUGUGUGCGCAUUUGUGUACAAGGAAUUUUCAAGGUUCCACAAAGAGAUCACUCCCAUGUUUGAUGGCCUGAACAACAACAGGGUCCACUGGAAGGAACUGGCUGAUGUUUGGCAAGCAAAGGUGGACGCUUUGGAGAACGAACGAAAGCGACUAGAAGAGGAGCAAGCUAAAAAGGCUGGAGGUGAUGAAGGAGGUGGAGAGGGAGGAAAGUCCAAAACCUGCACCAUAUUUUAAACGUCAUCCGCCAGAAAUUCAGAGCCACAGAGAAGUCUGGGCCAGCUGGCGAUCAUGUAGAGGGAGGUGAAAUGUGCUCCUAGGAUCACUACAUUUUCACCAGUUUCCUCCAUUUUCUGUCUCAUUUCCCUGGACGUACCUUCUCCAAGUGAACACGUAGGCAUUCGCCAGAAAUGGAAGUACUGUACCUGUCAGGUUCUCUUUCUGAUGGGGUGCCAGCCUAGAGCACCAGCUAAUUUUCAUCAUAUAGACAAUUUCAUGCUUUUUCCUAACCGUUGAUUUCACCUUGACUGUACCUUUUAACGUCUCACUACACUGGAGGAAGUAAUGCCACGCAACGGUGGCCGAAACACAACUCUAUACAUGCGUCGAAUGUGUAGUAGUUCACAGAGCUUACCUGGAGUAUACGGCUUUUGAGUCCAUAAAAGAUUUGUCAUCAUGAAGUAGAGCAAUAAAUGUUAAUAACUUUCUUGACAGUAACUAAUUGAUCAAAAUAGCAUAAUUCUCGAAUGAUUCCAGAAUCGUGUGGUGUUUAGCUUCUCUGUAAAAUGAUCAUCGAAGCUUCCAAUUUGACUGGAUUCACUCCCAUUUAAAGGUGAAGUGUGUAAUUUUCCUGAGCGCGAACCCAUCUGUAAUUGGUCAAACAAACAGAUAGCCCCACCCCCAAACAAACGCCAUUGGUGUUGCCAGGCUGUUUAUUGUUUUGAUAGCACCUUUUUUUGGGGGGAUGAAAUUAACUUACUAAUGACUUGCUUAUAGCUCUCUAUGCCUACUAAACAGGAGAGAACGGAUUUUAACAUCCCAUAAAACUACACACUUCACCUUUAAACUACCAAAAAGCAUUUUAAUACAUGGCAGUUGCUUUGUUUAGAGUUGAAGGACCAACUCAUUUGAAGAAGAGCUUUUAGAAACUGUGGCCGAAGGCUUAUUAGCAAGGGAUUUGUAAAAUGCAUCUCAUGCUACAAGUCACUCUGACAAUGAGUUGUUCUUGUUCAAGGGGCGAUGGCACUGCUAAUGCUAAACAUCUUGUGCAGCGUUAACCACUUGUUGCGGUUGUGUUUGGAUGGAUAUGAGACAGGACGUUUGGAUUCUUAAAAGAUACACUUUUCUACUUUUUUUUUUUUUUGUUCUUUAAGGAAGAUUAAGCUGAGAAGGUGAAAUGGUCUAAUUCAGUGUCAAUGGAUUAUGUGUUCAGGAACAUUCCAGCUGUGAAGAAACAUUUAUGACCAGAACUUUGAUGUUUGUUCUUUAUUCAUUUAAUGAUACCUAAGCAUUGCACAUAGUUUUCAACCUAUUAUCGAAAGUAUAACAUUGAGUGUAUUACAUAGAAUAUCAAUUGAUAACAUAGAGGUAUUUGUUUAUACCAAACGUUUAAAUUACUUUUAAGGGGUAUUCUAUGGAGGUACAAAAUGUCAGGGAAUAUUAAAAAAAAAAAAAAAAAAAA